UGGCAAGUUUCUUGCGUUAACAUCAACACAAAUGUUGCCAGUUUCACGCGAGUCGCGCUCUCAGUAACAAUCGAAUUUUUUUUUGGGCUUUGCUAUAGCAACUAGAAUUUAUUUCGAUGUACUCAAAUCGGACACAAUGAAGCACAUUUUAAAUUACACUGUGUUUCAUUAUUUAAUUGCCAUUUCUGCUAUGCUGGAGGCUGCAGUGAUUUUUCCCACAAAUUCGGAAUUCGGUAUCUUUAUGGCCAUAUCGGUGCCCAUAAGCUUGCCACAUCGCAAUGUUUUCGUAUCAUACAAUUACGAGUUCAACUUCUAUUUGCCGGAACACAUCUACAAGUUUCCUCCAAUUCUGAUGGGAAGCGACUAUGAGAAUGGCUAUCUGACAUAUCCAACUUUUAAUGUCAGCGGCCGAGAGUGUGUCGAUUGCAAAGAGAACACUGACAUUGCAGCCGUCAAGUUGGAGGCCACAGAGGAGACGAAGAGCAAGCCAACAUCGGAUGCAAGCCGCAAGAAAAGGGACCUUUCAAUAAUAUCGCGUAAAAGCUUCUAUGCCAUGCUCCAGGAUAAGCUCGAGAGAUCUGGCUAUCCGCCAGAGGCGUGCCUAUUGCGUAUGAUAUGUGAAACGAAUGAUUCAACACUGGGCGAGAUCAACGGUCUGUUGGGCAACAUUGUGCACAUAAUAUUCACGCCAAGCAGCUCAAGGGAUGAGCAGCUUGCCUCCGCCUACUAUCAAGCCGAGGCGGAUGGACUGCAGCAGCAGUGCGGAGUAUAUCACAACGAUUGUCCACACAAUGUGUUGGGCCUCAUUUCGGCGCCCAUCGAAGAGAUUCUAAACGACAUUACAAAUAGAUCUCAAAGAAAAUAAACUGG